CUGAGUUCUUAAUACGUUCACACAAGAUGUCGUCAAAUAAACGAACGGAUCGGUAUACGCGUUUAACGUUUAUUUUAUUUAAAUUUAUUUUGAUAUUCACCAUAACGAUCGGUUUGAGUUUACAAAUUACUUUAAAGACCUGUGAGGCGCGCACUUCACCUAAUUUAAAAGUUAAAUUACCACAUGGUGGCGUUUUGGUGGGCCGUCAUUUGUUGACCCAUUUGGGUCGUCAUAUGAGAGCAUUUAUGGGAAUACCUUAUGCUAAACCACCUGUGGGAGAAUUACGUUUUAAGUCACCUGUACCGUAUGGACCCUGGGAAGGUGAGAUACAAGUUAUAGAAGAUUCACCAAAAUGUAGACAACGUGAUCCCUUUAGACGUGAUAUGGAAAUUGAAGGCAGCGAAGAUUGUUUGUAUAUAAAUGUUUAUACACCAGAGGUACCCAAUACCGACGAACCCUUGCCGGUAAUGGUUUGGUUCCAUGGCGGUGGCUGGGAAUGUGGUUCUGGUAUAAGCAGUUUCUAUGGACCCGAUUUUCUGCUAAAUCAUGAUAUUGUCUUAGUAUCAGCCAACUUCCGUUUGGGUCCUUUGGGUUUCUUAAGUACCGAAACUACAGAUUGUCCCGGUAACUUUGGUUUGAAAGAUCAAUUGGAGGUCUUAAAAUGGAUACAAGAAAAUAUUGCUUCUUUUGGUGGCAAUCCAAAGAGUGUAACAAUCUUUGGUGAAAGUGCGGGGGGUGCUAGUGUUACCUAUCACAUGUUGUCGCAAAAAUCCAAAGGAUUAUUCCACAAAGGUAUUGCCCAAUCGGGUACAUAUUUCAAUCCCUGGGCCCAGCCAGCUCACAAAGGUGUGGCGGCUCAAAGAGCUAAGAAAAUGGCUAAAUUGGUAGGUUGUAAUAGUGAUGGUGAUUGGCCUAAGAUGCUGGAAUGUUUAAGAGAAAAGCCGGUAGAUGAUAUAGUGGCUACCGUUUAUGAUUUGUUUGAAUGGGAUUUUGAUCCUAUGAUACCCUUCCCACCCGUAGUGGAACCUGAACAUCCAGAAGCUUUUCUCACCGUUUACCCUAGAGAAGCAGCACAACCUCAUGGUUUUUCUUUACCUCUAAUGAUAGGAGCCACUUCUGAAGAGGGUUUAUUGAAAACGGCCUCAUUAUUAAAUCUUCCCGGUUUAUUGGAUGAAUUUAAAGAAAAUUUUCAUGAUGUUUUACCAAUAGUUCUCAAUUACGAUCAUUUAUCACAGGUGGAACAAACUAAAGUAACCGAAGAUUUAGAAGCUUUCUACUUUAGAAAUGGACAUGAUUAUAAUCGUAAUAAUCAUCAAAAUAUAACAGAUUUAAUAUCGGAUGGCUGGUUUAUAGCGGGUAUUGAUGAGUAUAUACGUUUACGUCUUAAGAGUUAUAAAGCAGCUCCCAAAAAUGUGGCACCUACCUAUGUUUACUUAUUUGAACACAAAGGAGCAGCUAGUUUUUCGGAAUUAUUCAAAGGUGGCCGGGAAAUGUUUUAUGGCGCUUGUCAUGCUGAAGAAUUACAAUAUUUAUUCCCUAUAGCUCGUGAAUUAUUCGUGAGUGCCACCCCUAGUAAAAAUGAUUUGAAAGUAAGAGAAAUUAUGCUUUCGUUAUGGGUUAAUUUUGCUAAAACUAGUAAUCCUACUCCUACCGAUAGUAAUUUACCCAAAUGGUCUCCCACUAAAGAUUAUCCAGUAUUAUUUGCCAAAAUAGGCAAUAAAAAUGAAGAAGACUCUAAUGUUUUCCAAUUCGAUAAAAAACUUUAUCAAGAUAGAGUUGAUUUUUGGCGCAAUCUUAAUCCUCAUAUUCCAGCUAAAGAUUUUCAAUUGAAAAAUGAACUUUAAACACAAAUUUACAUAAUUUACAUACUCUCUGUUAUAUCAUUAUUAAUUUAAUUACUGUACAUAUCAUAUUAUCAUAUAU